AGGUGACCAUCAGUUUUUAAUACAGAAAAAUUGAAAUAACAGAAUGACUUGAUCAUUGAAGAAGUAGAUAUCUGUACACCAAAUAGCAGAGAAAUUUCAGAACAACGCCAUGUUAUUCAUUGCUCUGAUUUCCUCUCUCCUAUUACAUCUAAUGACAGUCACUAUGACUCUCACGCCACAGUACGAUUACAAUGCCACAGACAAUCUUUUGCUGAAUUGUGGCAGAGUAUUGGAAGGCACAAAAUUAGCAGCCCCCAUUGAAGAUAUCAAUGGCCGUCAAUGGUAUACAGAUGCCCACUACCCAAAUUUCCUACCUUACAACUUUUCAGGAAUAUCCACAACAACCACAGCUUCUGAACAAGACCUUUCAGUCAAUAGAGUUCCUUAUAUGACAGGCACCCGUAUUAUGCUAUCUCAAUUCACCUACACUUUUCGUGUUUCCCCUGGAGCCAAAUUCCUCCGUCUCUAUUUUUACCCCGCCGAUUACUCUGGCUACGACAAAUCAGAAUCUUUUUUUUCAGUCACUGCUAAUCAUUUUACCCUCUUGAGUAACUUCAGCGCUUUCUACACAGUCUCUGCAAGUACCAAUUCUAGUAAAGCUGUACGAAAAGAAUUUGUCAUUAAUGUUAAUGAAACUCAGAUACUCUAUAUAACCUUUUCUCCCUCGCCAAACUCUUAUGCUUUUGUUAAUGGGAUUGAGAUAGUUUCCAUGCCCACCAAUCUUUACCUCGGUGGAGAUAAUCACAUCAAAUUGGUUGUUUCAGUCACUGCUAAUCAGUUUACCCUCUUGAGUAACUUCAGCGCUUUCUACACAGUCUCUGCAAGUAACAAUUCUAGUAAAGCUGUUCGAAAAGAAUUUGUCAUUAAUGUUAAUGAAACUCAGAUACUCUAUGUAACCUUUUCUCCCUCGCCAAACUCUUAUGCUUUUGUUAAUGGGAUUGAGAUAGUUUCCAUGCCCACCAAUCUUUACCUCGGUGGAGAUAAUCACAUCAAAUUGGUUGGCCAGACUGAUCCUUAUUCCAUCAAUAACAACACUGCUCUUGAAACUUUGUACAGGCUGAACGUGGGAGGACAUUCAGUUGCUAGCACGGAGGAUACAGGGAUGUAUCGUGUAUGGGAUUCAGAUGAGGAAUUUGUUGUUGUAUAUGGCUUCCAAACUCCUAAAUUUGAUGUCAACAUCACUUACACUACUGAAACUCCGCCUUAUGUUGCGCCCAGGAUAGUUUACUUAACCUCUAGGACCAUGGCCAAUAACAGCCAGAGCCUGGAUUGGAUAUUCCCUCUAGAUUCUGGUUUCUAUUAUCUUUUCAGGCUCCAUUUUUGUCAGAAUCAGCCGGAAGUUAAUGAAACAAACCACAGGAUUUUCUACAUAUACAUUGGAAAACAAACGGCAGAAAAACAAGUUGGACUAAGUGGUGGCGGGGGAUUCACAACGUACAGAGACUACGUGGUGUUUGUGAGAGACCCAGAUGUCCGGCUAAGCAAGGACAAAGUGUGGCUUGAAUUGGGACCUAACAUGAAAACUAGAGCUGUGUAUGAUAUUGCUAUGUUAAAUGGCUUGGAAAUUUUCAAAUUGAGCGAUCCAAAUGGAAAUCUGGCCGUUCCAUAUCCUGAAGAAGGUUCGAUCAAAUCACCACCACUCCCAAACAACAACAACAAGAAAAGAAUAUCAUGGCAUAUCAUUGUUGCUAUCAUCGCAGGUGUGACUAGUGGUAUUGUUGUUUUCUCAAUCCUGGGUUUCUUAAUUUCCCGACGAACUGGGGGGAAAGAUCAUAGUACAAGUAUUCCCAAGUCAUCAUCACUACCAUCCGAUCUGUGCCGACACUUUUCAAUAGCAGAGAUAAAAAAUGCAACAGACAAUUUUGAUGAAAAAUUUGUGAUUGGAUAUGGAGGAUUUGGUAAUGUUUAUAAAGGGUACCUCGACAAUGGUACAAUCACAGUUGCAGUCAAGAGAUCAAAUCCUUCAUCAAAGCAAGGGAUUCGCGAGUUCCAAACAGAGAUUGAGAUGUUAUCAUCAAAGCUAAGACAUCGACAGCUAGUGUCCUUAAUUGGUUAUUGUGAUGAUAAGAAUGAGAUGAUCUUGGUUUAUGAUUACAUGGCUAAUGGAACCCUCCGUGAUCACUUGUACAACACUGACAAUGCUCCUCUUCCAUGGAAGAAACGCCUUGACAUUUGCAUUGGUGCAGCUAAAGGAUUAUAUUACCUCCAUUCAGGUACCAAACAUACGAUCAUUCACCGUGAUGUCAAGUCAACUAACAUCCUAUUGGAUGAUAAAUGGGUUGCCAAGGUGUCUGAUUUUGGGUUGUCCAAAGUAGGUUCAGUAGAUGGGACAGAUACUACCCAUGUUAGCACUGCAGUGAAAGGAAGUUUUGGGUACGUAGAUCCUGAAUACUACAAGCGCCAACGAUUGACAGUAAAAUCAGAUGUUUAUUCAUUUGGGGCGGUUCUGUUUGAAGUGUUAUGUGGUAGGCCAGCAAUAAAUCCAAACUUGCCAACUGGGCAAGUGAAUUUGGCUGAGUGGGCUUGUAGGAGUUGUGAAAAAAGAAAUGUUGAAGAAAUAAUUGAUCCUAACUUGAAAGGACAAAUAGCCCCAGAAUGCUUAAGCAAGUUUGCAGAAUUGGCAUAUCAUUGUUUGAGGGAACAAGGCGUCGAAAGGCCAUCAAUGGGUGAUGUUGUGAGAAGUUUAGAAUUUGCAUUACAGCUCCAAGAGGGUGCAGAUAAUGAGGUGGAUGGAUACGUAAACCCUUCUUUUCCAUUGAUUAUUAAUGGUGAUGCUAAUGUAAGGACGAAUGAAGAUGAGAUAAGUGAAGUUGAAAGAAAACUGACAAGCAAUGGUAUAUCCAUGUCGGUCAGUAGGAGUGCCAAAUUGAACAACGUUGCCAUUUUCUCUGAGAUUGUAAAUCCAUUGGGUCGAUGAAAUAUUGAAAUGUUUUAGA